GGGUGUUACAACAUCCAGUGCCUUGUGGGGUGUGGUGGGAGUCACAUCCUUCACGUGUCUAAUGUUAUAUUCCAUGUUCUGAUAAGAGCUUGAUCAGUCUCAGGGUCUUCAUUAAUUAACAAAGAAAAUACACAGCUGUACUAAUUUCCCACAGAUCCACAGGAGACACCACCAUUCAUCUAGAGGGACUUUCCUACACAUGACACGUGACUGAGACAGAGACAGCGUUAUGGGGAUCCUGUAUUCAGAGCCUAUUUGCCAAGCAGCUUACAAUGGUGACCUCCACCAGGUGUACAAACUGCUCAAGGCUGAUGCCAAGAAUUUAAAUAUUCAGGAUGAAUUAUUCGGAGACACACCACUUAUAGCUGCUUGUAAGGGUGGAAAUGUCAACAUCGCCAAAUACCUUUUAGAACACGAAGCAGAUGUAUCUGUAAGAAACAAGAAACAAAGGACUUGCCUGCACUAUGCUGCAAAAAAGACAUUUUCCUUCUUGGAUUACCUCAUGAUUGUUAUUCUCAUGCCCGUCCUAUUGAUUGGAUACCUUAUAUUGAAAACGAAACAGAUGGAGCAUGUGCGGCUGCUGGAGAUGAUGAUAAACAGUAAAGCAGACAUUAAUGCUGUCGACUAUAAAGGCAACACUGCACUUCACUAUACUUGCCAGUGUAAAAGUCACAAACUCGUUCCACUGUUACUGGAGGCAAAGGCAGAUACUUUGAUACAGAACAAAAAUGGUGAAACGCCACUGGAUAUUGCAAUCAGACUAAAAUUCAAAAAAAUUAUAGUAAUGCUGGAAAAAUCAAAAUGAAAUCAUUCCCUAUUUGAGUGCAAAUGGAUCGUUUUGAUAUAGUGAUCAGCUUUGAAUUUCAAGAUGUCUACAGGUCAAUAAACCAGCAUUCAUAAGAACGCUUAGCUUUAAAUCAUGACUACCAUUUUCUCAUUUAAACACUUUUUUAUGCAUGUUUUUUUUUAAUACGUAUUUGUUUAGCUUUUGAGGGAAAUUUUAGUUCACUAGUUAACAGUAUUAGGUGUAGAGUGUUACACAAGGUUGUGUAGACUGACUGUAGUCUUCAGGUUUAAAUUGUUUAGUGUUACAGAUAGUUUGUGUUUAAUGUGUCAGGAUUGACAGUACUUUUGUCUACACUGGCACGAUGUGAGUUCAAAUGAUUACACCACACUUUGCACACACACACACACACACACACACACAUAUAUAUAUAUAUAUACACAUUAUUUAUUAAUAUAUAUAUAUGUAUGUAGAUUCAAAAUAUAAAUGUUUAGAAACAUCAAAAGCUGUAUGGUUUUUUGUCUUGUACUAGUUACAAGGUACAUCUAACAGCCAUUUUUACUUUCUCAAACAAGUAAUGUUAGUACAACUCUCUUUUCUAGCAAUUCUACAACAGAUAACAGUAUUAAUGUUGUCCAGUUAAUCGUUUUCCUUAAAGUUGUUGAGGUCUAAAAUGAAUGUGAUCCACAUUUUUAUUUGAAUAUGAAUGUUUAUUGGAUUUGAGUCUACUGAUUUUAAAGCAAGUCAAAUGAUCAUCUGACUGGGAAAAAAAGCUUUGGUCAGUGCAAUUGUAAUUUAAAUACAAUCUCAAUGCAAACAAAAUAAAAAGAUUCCUUUAUAAUUAGAA